AUGAUCUGUUUUCAAAAAGCAAAUCUACCGUAGGACUCAGUAAAACUGGGCUGAAAGCAUUAAGUGCGCAGACGCGUUUAGGCGCUGGGGCUUCUAUUAGGGGCGGUUCUGGAAGCUUUUUGAUGGUGGAGAAUCUCUGGAAAGGAGCGCUGUACCGAAACCAGAUGGGACCAUGAAAUAGUACAAAAAGCUUUAUAAUAACCCUUUGUUCAACAAAGUUCCCAGGGAGAAACGCGCAAUUUGGGACCAGACAACUUCUACCACAUCAAGACUACAGUCUGAACCCAGGCCUUGUAGAGUCAGCUCCUCCCUCUUCCCUUGCCUCACUAAAUGCACUUGUGCAUUUACACACCCUAAUUAGACACUGAGCCUUCUGAAUCCCUAUUGGCUGAUCCUUGCCCUGCCUCCAUUUUCUGUGGCCUGUUAACUCUCUGUUGCUGGGUGGAUCACAGUGGUGGGAAACAUGGAGCCGAUUGUAGCUAUGGGAAUGGCAGCCAAGCUACGCAGUCAGUGGGACCGGGACGGUGGUCUGGGCCAGAACCACAAUGCCCUCAAGUUUCUGGGGCAGGAUUAUGAGUCGCUGAAGGCGCAGUGCUUCCAGAGGCGGACCCUGUUUGAAGAUAUGUACUUCCCAGCCGCCGCAUCCUCCCUGGGCUUUAAUGAGUUGGGGCCACGCUCCUCCAAAACCCAAGGCGUGCGAUGGAUGAGGCCGACGGAGAUAUGCUCACGCCCCGAGUUUAUCAUGGAUGGCGCCACUCGCACAGACAUCUGCCAGGGGUCAUUGGGCGAUUGCUGGCUCCUGGCUGCUAUAGCGUCUUUGACUCUGAAUGAUAACCUGCUGCACCGUGUGGUACCACAUGGACAGAGCUUUGGCCACGGCUACGUUGGUAUCUUCCAUUUCCAGUUUUGGCAGUUUGGUGAGUGGGUGGAUGUGGUGAUUGACGACCGACUGCCUGUUAAGGAUGGGAAACUGCUGUUUGUGCAUUCAUCAGAGGGCAAGGAGUUCUGGAGUGCUCUGGUGGAGAAGGCGUACGCUAAACUGAAUGGCUGCUACGAGGCACUGUCGGGUGGCAGUACGUCGGAGGGCUUCGAGGAUUUCACAGGCGGAGUGACGGAGCAGUAUGAGCUACGGAAUGCCCCGGCCGACCUCUACAGCAUCAUCCACAGGGCUGUGGAGAGAGGCUCUCUGCUGGGUUGCUCCAUAGACAUCUCCAGUAGUCGGGACAUGGAGGCUGUCACCUUUAAGAAACUGGUCAAAGGCCAUGCGUACUCUGUGACUGGCGUAGAGGAGGUGGUUUACAGAGCAAGCCCCACCAAGCUGGUACGCAUCCGAAACCCCUGGGGGGAGAUUGAGUGGACCGGAGCCUGGAGUGAUAAUUCCAGAGAGUGGGAUGGCGUGGAUGCCUUUGUCAGAAGCAAGCUGAACUAUCGUAGUGAGGAUGGAGAGUUCUGGAUGUCUUUCCGGGACUUCCUGCAGGAGUUCAGCAGGCUGGAGAUCUGUAACCUGACAGCAGACGCUCUGGACGCCGGCCAGAUGAAGAAGUGGAGCACGUCUCUCUAUCAGGGCGAGUGGAGGAGAGGCAGCACUGCAGGUGGCUGCAGGAACUACCCAGCCACAUUCUGGCUCAACCCACAGUUCAAGAUCAACCUGCAGCACCCGGACACCGUGGGCAAGUCCGACUGCAGCUUCUUGGUUGCGUUAAUGCAGAAGGACCGCAGGAAGGAGCGUCGUGAGGGCAAAGACAUGGAGACCAUUGGCUUCGCCAUCUACGAGGUUCCCAGUGAGUUUGUAGGCCAGUCGGGCGUGCACCUGAAGCGGGACUUCUUCCUGACGCAUGGGUCCCGAGCUCGCUCCGAGCUCUUCAUCAACCUGCGCGAGGUGAGCUCACGCUUCCGCCUGCCCGCCGGAGAGUACAUCAUCGUACCUUCCACAUUUGAGCCACAGAAGGAGGGCAACUUCGUGCUCCGCGUCUUCUCUGAAAACCCUGCUGCCUCCAUAGAACUGGAUGAUGAUGUCACAGCUAAACUCCCCCCAGAGAAUCAUUUGGAUGAGAGCCAGAUUGAUGCAGGAUUCAAGAGUCUCUUCCGACAGCUGGCUGGAGCGGACAUGGAGAUCAGCACUACAGAGCUUCAGACCAUUCUUAACAGAAUCAUUGGCAAACAUAAAGAUCUGAAGACGGAUGGCUUUAGCUUAGAGGCCUGUCGCAGUAUGAUAAACCUCAUGGACACAGACGGCAGUGGUAAACUUGGUCUCACAGAGUUCCAUGUGCUGUGGGAGAAAAUCAAACAAUAUCUGACCGUGUUCAGACAGUUUGAUAUGGACAAAUCUGGCACAAUGAGCUCAUAUGAGAUGCGUCUGGCCCUCGAAGGAGCAGGCUUUAAGCUGACCAACCACUUAUUCCAACUGGUCAUCUUGCGUUAUGCAGAGCAGGACCUGAGCAUUGACUUCGACAACUUUGUCACCUGUCUCGUGCGCCUCGAGACUAUGUUCAAGACGUUUAAGACCUUGGACACAGAUACUGAUGGACUCAUAUCCCUAAACUUCACGCAGUGGAUAUCUAUGACUAUGUUUGCAUAAACAGACAGACAUAAAAGCCUGUGCUCUUGGACUGAGACCCGGCCUUCCCAGUGGUCCAGAAGUGCCGACUUCUUACAGUUAUUUUUUUUUUUGUCUGAUGGUUGGGUGACUUCAGGAUCCAAUCAAAAGGCUGUUUAGCAUGCUGGUAAGCAUCAUAACAGGAACUCCCAGGUCACAGCACUUGCACUCUUCAGUCUGAGCUGAAGUUAUUAACAAAUGUCAGAAAAAUGUUAGUUUGAUUACAAACUCUCUGACCAGGCAUGUGGCAGAAGACUCUCUAGCAAUCAUACUUGCUCUUCCACACAGUGAGACAAAGACUGAGCAUGUGCUUUAUCGCCAAACAUACUGGUCUGUUUACGCUUCUUGUGCCAAAUGUAUCACUUCCUUCCAAUCCUAAUCUUCCAAAGUCUUUGUAAUUUUCUAUUUUCACUUCUCACUCUUACCAGUAAGAUCUACUAACCAAUACCAGCAUUCUGUACUAUGCGUUGUAGAUUAGGAAUUUCGAGGAUUUUUUUUUGUCUGUGUGUGCAGACUGAUUUAAGUCGUUUUGGGCUUAGAUCCUUCUACAAAUGUAGUAAAUAAAUAAUUUCUUGUAGUUUUUCAGGCCACAUUUCUAGAAACUCUGCAAUCAGCAAGAGCAGUGACCCUUUGAGUACUGAGGAAUUGCUUCUUUUUUUUUUUUAAUUGGUGUUCUUUUUAACAAAAGUACUUUUUUUUUUUUUUUUUUAAAAUAUGGACGAUAUAGCUGCAAUCUUUUGCCAUAAAUGAAAUACUGAAUCAUAAAGUCAUCUGUUGGUGCUAAGAUUUGAAUCUUAAGAAACACUUCCUUCAAGUGUAUAAUUUUGUGAAGGAGAAUGCACCUGUUUCUGCAGUAUCCUAUGGCAUGAUGUCAACUCUGGGAACAGCGUGUUGAAAACGUGGUUAGAAAGGAAUUCAUGUGAUUUGAUGUUAUUUUGCAGCUCUGAAAUCUUGACAGUGGGCCAUGCUGCAAUUCAUAUAGACUACUCUGGAAUACAUGUACAUUCCUUUGAAGUUUGGGUUACUUCAACAAUUAUUGUUAUGUAAAACAAAUGUCCAAGGUGAAUAAAUUAAAACGAUGCAGAGAUAUACGAGAGCAAGCAGAAGUUUAUAUUCAGCUUUUCACCAUGUAUCUUGCAAAAUGGGUAGUAGUAUGUUGACAUGCAGAUAUGUACUCCUUUCUAUUCUUUUGGUGCCAGAGCUUGUAAGGUGGUGUGUUCUUUAUACAUUUAUUUACAUGUUCUUAUCAAUGGGCAAUUUCUAGAUUUUAAAAUGUUACAUAUGCAGUAUAUGUUUUGAAUAAAUGCAUUUUGGAAAUACA